GUUCGGGAUCCGCGGCUUUCGGGCCGCAGUCCUGCACUCGCUCGGGGCACAGCCGGCCAGCGCCGCUGCAGCGCGGAGCCGCGACCCUCCCCGGCAGCCUUUGUCUGCGAGGCGUGCGGCCCGGAACCGCAGCGCUCGGGGCCGGGAACGCGCCCGCUGUGGUGGGUGACAGCUCCUCCCUCCCGCAACCCUCCGCGGCAGAGGGGCGGUCGGGCAGGGCCCUGCUCCCCAGGGCCGCGCGCGCGGACCAAUGCCCCCGCAGCAGGGGGACCCUGCGUUCCUCGGCCGCUGCGAGGCGCCUCCCGUGCCGCCGCGUCGGGAGCGCGGGGGACGCGGGGGUCGCGGGUCCGUGGAGCCGGGGGGUAGGGGGCGCGCGGGCGGUGCCGAGGGGCGCGGCGUCAAGUGCGUGCUGGUCGGCGACGGCGCGGUGGGCAAGACGAGCCUCGUGGUGAGCUACACCACCAACGGCUACCCCACCGAGUACAUCCCCACCGCCUUCGACAACUUCUCGGCUGUAGUGUCUGUGGAUGGGCGGCCUGUGAGACUCCAGCUCUGUGACACCGCAGGACAGGAUGAGUUUGACAAGCUGAGGCCUCUUUGCUACACCAACACAGACAUCUUCCUGCUGUGCUUUAGUGUUGUCAGCCCCUCAUCUUUCCAGAAUGUCAGUGAGAAAUGGGUGCCGGAGAUUCGGUGUCACUGUCCCAAAGCCCCCAUCAUCCUGGUGGGAACACAGUCGGAUCUCAGAGAAGAUGUCAAAGUCCUCAUUGAGUUGGACAAAUGCAGAGAGAAGCCGGUGCCUGAAGAGGCAGCUAAGCUGUGUGCCGAGGAAAUCAAAGCUGCCUCCUACAUCGAGUGUUCAGCCUUGACUCAAAAAAACCUCAAAGAGGUCUUUGACGCAGCCAUCGUGGCUGGCAUUCAGUACUCGGACUCUCAGCAACAGCCAAACAAGUCAAAAAGCAGGACUCCGGACAAAGUGAAAAACCUUUCCAAGUCCUGGUGGAAGAAAUACUGCUGUUUCAUAUGAUGCUGGCAAGACACUCGGAAAGGCUCUUUUCAAGUGAAAUUGAUAUUAGAAGCUAUAUUAGCUGAAACGACUCCUUUUACUGUAUAGAGCCCAUAUAGAAAAUGUGUGUUUGUAUGAUAGGUGGAGCUCUCAAUUUAUGUAUUUUUUCUUGCUUUUAAUUUUCUUAUUGUUUCUUUGAAUUUAAGGAUAGAUACUUACGCAGGAUAUUUAUGAAGUAAGUUAAGAAGUUUUCAACACUCUGGAAAUUUAGAGCUUAGAGCUCUUGAUUAAUUUAUAUCUAAUAUGAGGAAGACACCAGGAAUCUGGAUAUGUCACGAAUGAAGUUUUCCUACAUUAUAAUGCACAGAAGAACAAAAGGGGGAAUGCUGCAUUUAACCCUCUCGACUAAGGGCUGUUAAUGUACAGUGUGUUACGUACUUGGGUCAACCUUGGUAAGAAUAAUUCUUAGCUUUGGAACUUCAUGCAAACUAUACCUUUUUUAAGAACAAAAAUCUAAGAAAAAAUGAGUGAUCUCUGCCUGUGAAACCUCAGACCAAUCACUUUUGUCUCUAAUACCCAGUUGUUUAAGAUUUAAAAGCAGCAACCAAAAUAUCCCACUGAGUAAAUAGCAGAAAAUAAAUCAUAUUUAUUGUUUUUUUUUUACCUUUAGACCAGCGCAUUGACAUUGUAUGAACAUAGCCAGCGUGCCAUGCAGAGGAAAGCAAGUAUUGGUCAGUAGUUGUGAUAUUUUCUUCAGGGAGUGAUUCAUGUCGGAAUCAGAAUGUGACACUUGCUUUCCAUACUAUAAUGUGUGCAUUGAGCUCCUGAACCCCAGGAGGUAAGAGCACCAGGGAGCACCUACCUGAGUUGUUUUUAAACUUCCGUAUUCAAGCUGUCCCAUCUGCAGGGAAGUAAACACUCUUACAAGCCCAACAGUAAAUGUUUAUGGGACACAAAAUGUACCCUUUUUUCCUUAAGUGAGGCAAAAGUUACUUCAUUUGCACACACCUGUGUCCUCACACACACAUGUAUGUGUGCAUGGCUUUACCUGCUGCUGAUUCAGGCUUUUAAACUGUUAAUGGGAGAAAGUAUGGCCCAGAAUACAGAUAUUAGGGAAGCUUGGCUGUUUCUUCUCAUUAACACUUUUUUGAACAAACGUCUUUUUGAUUUUAUUCUAGAUACGAUUUUGAAUAUAUCUUAAUGUAUACAUUUUUGAGACUAUUUUGAAACAAAAAAUAAAAUGAGCAUUUAUUGAAACCUGUGAAAACAACCAGUUAAAUCCACAGAUGGCCUUUGGUGUACUGGCAGCAGAGACCAGCACUGUGUGUCUAGGAGCCGCAGAGGGGUGGCAGGGGUGGGGGGCUAUGGGGUCAAGUGUGGCCAGGCAGGGGCAUGCUGGGACCACGGCCCCCACAGUGGCUUUUUCCUUAUUGUGGAACAGUCAGAAAACCACAUUUGUGAAACAUAUCUUUCAAGGUGGCACUUUUUUAGGUCUGAGAGUAGUUUUUACUAUGUGGUAGGUGUGCUCCUGAGGUGACACAGGUGGCCUGAACACUCUGAAUUAUAAAGUCAAGCUACCAGUGGGGUGGAGCUGAGUCUCCAGAUCACUUCAGUAACGAACUAGGGAACUGUAAAGCCAGUGGAUAGAAGAGGUUUAUCUUUCUUCAGGUUUUGUGUUGUCCUUUUUAUAGUUAAAAAAAAUACAAUUUGUGUUUUUCUAUUAAAAAAAAAGAUCAGGUUAUGCUUUAGGUAGGGGCUUCUUUCAUUCCUCUUGGUAAAUGAAAUGAACAAGUUUCUUUGUUUAACAAAAGUUAAUUUUUAAACCACUAAAAUACAUAGACUGUUAUCUAUUGAUUUUUCCACACGUUGAAAUUGAUAUCAGUCAUGGUUUUCUAAAACAUUUAGUCACAACUUGAGGGAAUAAAAUUAUUUGUGAAAAUGCUUUAACUAGACCUAAUUAAAUACAUCUCAUCUUGCUGUACUGGCUUACGUAUUUGUAGAAAGCUAAGCGUCCCAGUCGGGGCUUUGCCUGCUCUGGUAUGCAGAUGUGGAGGGGGGAAGAUGAAUUAUUUAACUGGUAAAUAACAUUAUUUUUACAUUAAAGCAAAUGGCAUGGAGUACAGUGUAAAUUAGUUUUUAAUAUAGAACACAAAACUUGAAAGAAGUUUAUGCAUGUGACAGUGUUCGGGAAUGCACUUGGUCCUCCAAAAGGGGCCUCCAGCACUCUCUGCCUUUAGGCCACUGGUAGGAAGUGGUCAGCACCUGUGUGGCCCAGUUCUGAAAGCUUUGUGCAAGCAGCGUAACUUUAAUGGUACAACUUGGAUCAUUAGUUCUAAAAUUCACCUAGAUUGACAAUUAAAUGAAAGUUAAAAAAAAAACCAUUGCAUUUUAUAGAAUAGUAAAGAUAUGAUUAUACUUGAGAUUUUUGUCCAUUUUUCUUUGUGAAAAUAGGGUGUGGGGCUGAAAAAUUUUUAUGUGUCUAAGUUAAAUAUAAAAAGUUGGUUCACCUCAAAGCUGAAGAAUUGUUAAACUUGCAGCUUGGUAUUGCAGAGAUUUCAUGAACAUUUCACUUCAGAUAACGCCUCUGUGGCUGAACUCCUGCGGUCAGACCACCAUCCUGAUUUUAUAAAUGCCACCUGCUCCCAAACUGUGUGUUCCUCUUGUUACUGCAUAUGUGUGAAUGGACCUUUCACAACCCUGUUCUCUGCUUGCCAGACUUGAGAGAAACUACCCAGAUAUCGCCUGAGCCAAACGAGAGCGAGGUCUUCUCUCCAGACUGUGGUAACCAGGUGGUGCCUUACCAAGUUGUGCUUUUCUCAUCUGUAAAUGAUACUGAGCAAAUGUUAUUUGAAAAUGCUAUAAAUAAGAUGGUACGAAAUAAAUUCUUACCUAUGGA